CCGUCCCGCCCUCGCCUACAAAUCCAAACACUGCAGGCUGCCGGUGCACGUGAUCUUCCUGUAGUCGCUCCUGCGGAGAGAUGCUGCUGCUGGCCGCCGCCGGCCUCGUGGCCUUCGUGCUGCUCCUCUACAUGGUGUCGCCCCUCAUCAGCCCCAAGCCCCUCGCGCUGCCCGGCGCACACGUAGUGGUCACAGGAGGAUCCAGUGGCAUCGGGAAGUGCAUUGCUAUUGAGUGCUACAAACAAGGAGCAUUUAUAACUCUGGUUGCCCGAAAUGAGGACAAGCUGCUGCAGGCGAAGAAAGAAAUUGAAAAACACUCUAUCAAUGAUAAACAGGUGGUGCUCUGCAUCUCAGUUGAUGUAUCUCAAGACUAUAACCAGGUAGAGAACGUCAUAAAACAGGCACAAGAGAAGCUGGGUCCCGUGGACAUGCUGGUCAACUGUGCAGGGAUGUCUCUGGCAGGAAAGUUUGAAGAACUUGAAGUUAGUACUUUUGAGAAAUUAAUGAGCAUAAACUACCUGGGCAGCGUGUACCCCAGCAGGGCCGUGAUAACCACCAUGAAGGAGCGACGGGUGGGCAGAAUUGUGUUCGUGUCCUCCCAGGCAGGACAGUUGGGCCUGUUUGGUUUCACAGCUUACUCUCCAUCCAAGUUUGCCAUCAGAGGACUUGCAGAAGCUCUGCAGAUGGAGGUGAAGCCUUAUAACGUGUAUGUCACCGUGGCCUACCCACCAGACACUGACACCCCCGGGCUGGCUGAGGAAAACAAAACGAAGCCUCUGGAGACCCGGCUUAUUUCAGAGACCACAGGUAUUUGCAAACCAGAGCAGGUGGCCAAACAAAUUGUCAAAGAUGCCAUACAAGGAAAUUUUAAUAGUUCUAUUGGCUCAGACGGGUACAUGCUGUGUGCCCUGACCUGUGGGAUGGCCCCGGUGACUUCCAUCACUGAAGGACUCCAGCAGGUGGUCACCAUGGGCCUUUUCCGAACAAUUGCUUUGUUUUACCUUGGAAGUUUUGAUAAUAUAGUUCGCCGCUGCAUGGUGCAGAAAGCAAAACCUGAAGUGGUAGACAAAACUGCCUGAUUCUUGCCCCUUGGAGAAAAGACUGAUGCAAUGAUUUGAAUAGUGUGCUGCGAAUGGAACUCGAUUUGUGGCCUCCGGACUCUGGUGUCUUGUUUUUCAAUGCGUCAGAUUGGACCCAGUGCUCUUCAGAAAUCUGGCUGCAAGCUGAGGCACAGAAGUUCAUCUCUGCAGUAUUACUGCUAACACUGUGCAAACAUGGGCCAGGGCACCAUUUGGUAUUCUGUGCUUUGAGGGAGAGUGCUGGUAGUGUGAGAACCAUCAGCAGGAAAACAGGGUAAAGAAGAGAAUUCCAGAAUGGUACAUUCAGUCUUUUCAUUUAUCCCCACUUGACCGUAGAGAUCAAGAAAUGCACUUUGUGUCACAUAAGAACUUUUGAGGGAUUCCUUUGAUUCUUGGUUUUAACUUUUCAUGAAAGAUGGUCUGGGUUUCUAUUAGUCUUUUAAAGUUUUUUAAGAUAUUUUUUUCAGUGUAUGUUAUUCUCCGCGUAGCCUGAGUCUGGCCCUCAGCGCCUCUGCUGUGUCAGGACGCCCCUCUGCUAGUGAGUCUGGCUUCUCUCCCUCUUUGAUCCCCUAUUAUGGAGGGGGAUGAGGGAGCACAGAGGACAGCGAGGCCUGAGUCCUUUGCAGCAGUCGAUGGGGCUCUCUUGUCUUCUUAAGACUAAUGCUUAGGGCAUUCCAUUUUUCAUUUAUGGGGAAAGGCAGCCUCUUUACAUGUUUUCUGAAGAGAAAUAAAAUCUCAUAGAAGCUUAAGAGUUUACAGUUUCUUCAAUAGCCAUGAUGACCUCAAGUUCACAGCUCCAUUCCAGCCCCCUCUGUGCUCCUUUUCUUUCUUUUUAGUUUUGCUUAGUCUUUCCAUAAUAUUUUUGUUGUUUUUUUUUUUAAGAAGAAAAAGAUGGAGAUUAGUGCAAAUUUUUCUUUUACAUAACUUUUUAAAUUCAUUAAUUCAUUAAAACAAACAAAAAUUAAGAGCAUGACACUCGUACCCUCACAGCACACGUGUAGCAUUAGGGUAGGUAGCUGGUUCUGUAUCUGUCAGUCUUACUACUCUGAAAAGAGAAUUGAUUUUGAAGAUGCUCAUUUUGGAAGUAAGGUGUUGAGGUGCC